UCCCGUCACACAUCGCGAGAUUUACGCGUCGCCUGCCUUUCCAUUUCAACAUGGCUGCUUCCUAACCUCGCAUGUGGCAGAGUAUCAUUAGUUACAGUUCAUAAGUAUAUAUCAGUUAUAUUUUACUCGGUGCAUUUAUAUACAGUAUUUGGAACAUCAUCAAAACGCACAAUUUAUAACACCUGUUUCACCGAAAGUGGAAAAUGCAGCACGACGACGUUAUUUGGGACCUAAUUGGAAACAAUAAGUUCUGCUCCUACAAAGUCAAGACAAAGAAUCAGAAUUUUUGCCGGAAUGAAUUCAAUGUAACUGGACUAUGUAACCGUUCUUCCUGUCCUUUGGCAAACAGUCAGUAUGCUACCAUCAAAGAAGAAAAAGGUCAGUGUUUUCUAUACAUGAAGGUAAUAGAAAGAGCAGCUUUUCCUGCCCGGAUGUGGGAGAAGGUGAAGCUGAGCAAGAACUAUGAGAAGGCACUGGACCAGAUAGACGAAAACCUUAUCUACUGGCCUCGCUUCAUCAGACACAAGUGUAAACAGCGGUUCACCAAGAUCACGCAGUACCUGAUACGCAUCCGCAAGCUCACCCUCAAGCGACAGAGAAAACUGGUUCCGCUCAGCAGAAAGGUAGAAAGGAGGGAGAAAAGGAGAGAGGAAAAAGCCUUGAUCGCAGCCCAGCUUGACAAUGCCAUAGAGAAAGAACUGCUGGAGAGACUGAAACAAGGAACGUACGGAGACAUCUACAACUUCCCUGUGCAUGCCUUUGACAAAGCCUUAGAGCAGCAGGACGUGGAGAGCGAGACGGAUUCAUCCGAGGGCGAAGAGGAGGAAGAGGAUGAUGAGGAUGUUGGGAAGAAAGAAUUUGUUGCUGAGGAUGAGCUGGAAGAGAGUGACAUUAGCGACUUUGAGGACAUGAACAAACUGAAGGGCAGCAGCGAUGAGGGCGGGACCUCCAGCGAAGAGGAGGAGUCUGAGGAGGAGAUGGAGGUGGAGGAGGAGAGGGAGGCGACGGGCCAGGGGAAAGGCAAGGCCGCGGCCUCCACGUCCGCGGGGAAGUCGAAAGGAAAGGCGCCGCUUAAAGGCCCCGCGAGGAAGAAGCGGGCCUACGUGGAGAUCGAGUACGAGCAGGAGCUGGAGCCCGCCACCAAGAGCAAGGCCACUUAGACUGCCUGUGCGCAGCGCGUACUGUAAGCCCAACACUCUGCCAAACCACUCCCUGCGUUCUGUGUGGCUGGGGCCGGUUCAGUGGGAACCGGUCGGUGCGUUGCAAUAUCAUGACCUCGGCUGCCUUUUUCCAGCGUGUGUGUGUUAACGGGAAUGGACCCUUCGUCUGCCUGCUCAGUUUAAAUUUAAAACGCAGUGGAAAUCGAAUCGAGUGCCCUGCUGUCCUGAAGAAUGUCGACAGUGCAUAGAAAACAGUUUCGCCCCAUUUUAUAUAAAACGGCUAUACCAAUGCUCAUCACAAUGGCUGUACAAGGAAUGCAAGUACAUAUUAUUUAGUCUUUAUUUUUUUUACACUACCCUGAUGUUUAAAUCUCUUUAGGCAUAGGGAAUAUGUCUGUGAGGGACAUACUGUUAGCGAUGGAAGUCAAAUCAUUUCGACCAUUGUAUUCAUCUGUUUAUGUUGCAAGUCUCAAGAGAAGGUAAUGCCAGAUUAUGUACUGUAAAAAAUGCAGGGAAUUCCACUCUUCAAGAUGGCUCUUUACACCACCAAUAUGAACUGUAUUACACCAGUGACAGCCAGUUCUUAUUUUUAAAUAAACAGUUCAUGAAAAUUG